AUGUCGGAAUUUCAGGUUUAUUCAGUCUCUUACAAAGGGCUGCCAGCCUAUCACGAGGCAAUCUACGUCGAGAUGAGCCAGGCAGGAGGAUUUUUGUAUCAUGUCAUCGGCGACAACCUCAGUGGCUAUCGGUAUGAAAAACGGGCGACGAAUGGGCCGGAGAGGUCGGAGAGUUUCUCACACAAGGUGUACAAGGGGAAAGUCGCUAACAGCGAUCUAUCCACAUUCGAGGCGAUUUGUCGGGACACUCCUCCGCCGCGACACCAGGUCAUCCACGGAGUGACAUUUGAGAAGGACUGUCGGCAUUGGGUCCUGGACGCUCUGAAGAAACUACGAGAAGCACAUGUUCUUAGAUAA